AUUUCCGCGUUUUAAAAAUCGCACUUUCAAAACAAAGUUUCAAAUCCUUUCACUGGUUGUACAACUUUGUCGCUGGCGCAGUAUCUACAUGAUAAGGAGUCAGGACACUCUAAACACAGUGAACAGAUAUAUUUGUGAUGGCGAGUGAUGAUUUCAAGUUCCAGUUUCAAGAUUUUGAAGAUGAUCAACAGUUCAUCAAAGAUGCCACAACAGUGACGAUUGAUGACCCCAUUAAAUCUCGAAGACAACGAAGGUCUGCUGAAAAGGGCUUUCAAGAGGACAUAAAUAAUCCAUUGAACAACGAUGAUAAAACUGAGCUUUUGUCUGGUCAAAGAAAAAGUGCACCUUUCUGGACAUUUGAGUACUACCAAAUGUUAUUUGAUGUGGACAGCCAUCAGGUAAAGAGCAGAAUGGUAGGUUCAAUUCUACCUUGGCCUGGGAAAAACUAUGUUGAGAUGUAUUUAAGAAGUAACCCGGACCUGUAUGGACCUUUCUGGAUUUGUGCAACUCUUGUUUUUGCCAUUGCAAUUAGCGGAAACAUAUCCAGUUUUCUUGUGCAUCAUGGUCAGCCACAGUACAAAUAUGUGCCUGACUUCAGGAAAGUAACUUUGGCAGCUACAGCAAUCUACAGCUAUGCAUGGUUAGUGCCAUUUGCUCUGUGGGGUUUUCUCACAUGGCGAAAUACAAAGACCACAACCCUAGUGUCCUACUCAUUCCUGCAGAUAGUCUGUGUCUAUGGUUACUCUCUCUCCAUCUAUAUUCCUGCUGUGAUACUGUGGAUAAUACCAAGUGAAAGGUUGAGGUGGUGCUCCAUUGUGGUAGCCUUGUGUCUCUCAGGAUCUGUGCUGUUGUUGACAUUCUGGCCCGCCACCAGGGAUGAUAAACCAAGAAUUACUAUGGCAGUUAUGGCCACAAUUUUGAUUCUUCACGUCCUACUGGCAGUUGGUUGCAAGGCAUGUUUUUUCAGUACAUACGAGGUUAAUUCAUCAGCGGAUCCUAGUGACUCUAUAAGAGCGACCGACACUUUGUCACCGACAAAAGCAAACUGAACUAGAGCCCAGUGCAAACACAGGAUUUUGGUAGUGUGGCACUAUGUGCUCUGUUUGUAUACAGUUUAUCAAUAAGGGAAUUUGCCACAAAAAUGGCCAUGCAGGCACUUUAUAACUAUCGUUUGAUUGUAGCAACUGAUGUUAAAAUACAUUGUAAACUUUCUGUGUUUCCACAUGUUAACACGAGACAAGACUUCCUGUGCAUAAUCUCUGCUCCUGCAACUGUUAAUCUUCUCAUCUUGCCUUAUUAGACAGAAUCGGAUAUCUUGAUAAUUGAUAUUGUGGGUUGUCUGGAUUUCACUGAAUCCUCUGUGGGUUAAGCUGUACAGAUGAAGCCUUAAUUUUAAAAGCACAGUGCCGUCAACGAAUCAUGUGCAACUUUUCUGAUGUUUGCUGGUCUGCGGUUAAAACAAAUGUUACUGUAUUGUUACCAAGUAGAAGAUAGAGGUCUUUUAAAUAUUUAUGUGAUAACUGAGCUUGAGAGUUUUCUAGAGGUCACCCUCCUGUUUCUACCACUUUGAAAUUUGUACAUGUACUUAAAAUGUUUUAACACUACAAAUAUCUACAGAUCCAUUAUGAUGAAGCAAUAGAGUUUGGUUCCAAAACAAGAUAACUCAGUUUUUAAAAAUUUUCAAAACAUUUAUUAUUGUUAUCAUGUUUUUAUGUAUUUUUCUGUAUUCAAAAAUCUUGUUUGUUGAUUGUGCAUUCGAAUUAAUAUCAACCUGCAGUUGGUUUGUUUUGAUUAAAGCCUUCCUAACUAAAAAAUACAUCUAAGUAGCACAAUCAAAACAUGAUGACAUAAUAAUAAACAUGUUUUGACAAUUUUAAAAACCAAACUCUUUAAAUAAUCUAAUAUAAAUGGGUUUAUUUAAGAAUACACACAUUGAUUGAUUACCUACUUCAGUUUUAAUGAAGCUGACAGCCAAAGUUGAUUCAUUGAAAAUUGUUUAAAUAUUUUAAAACUUGCAUUAUGCUGAGAUGGGUGUUGUUGGUGGUUUAUUUACCCUGUGUAUUUUAUGUACACUGUAGUUAAGCUGUAUAAAUGAGAAUGUGCAGAUGUACUGUAUCUGUUUUACAAAGUAAUUUGUAAUAAAUAUUUACGGUUUGUU